AUGAGUCUAACAUUCGCGUUACAGGCCCUACUCGUCCGCCAUGAGUCCUACAUGGCAGAUGCCGAGCAGGAGCGGGUGCGGAUGAGCGCGACGAUUGAGCAGCUGGAGCGCGACAAGAGGGAGCUGGAAGCCAGGAAUGCGCAGACGAUCGAAGAGAACAGAUCAUUACUCGAUCAGCUCGAGUAUCUUAACAACACCGUCUCGGAGUCCGACGAUCAUAUCAAGUCUUUGACCGCUACGCUAAGGUCCACGCAACAAGAGCUCCAGAGAUUGACACUCCUUGAGUCGCGGACCAGAGCGCUGGAGCGCCAGUUGGCGGAGCUGGAAACCGAGCAGGCUAGUCUCCAUGAGACGCUGGCGAUGACCACCGAGAACGAACGAAGCGCCGUAAUGCGUUGGCGCAAGGCGGAGCGCACGAUCGCAGAGCUACAGGACCAGGUCGACCGUAUCGAGCGCGAGGCCAGAGAAGAGCGUGAGCGACAUGUCGAGGCGGUUGGUCGCAUGGAGUGGAGAAGAGCUGUGGAGCAGGAGCUUGAGGCGGAUGCUGGGAAGGGGAAAACGGGUGGCAUGAGCAAGAACCGUGGCGAUGUGGUAUCGCACUUCGUCAAAGACAUCUUGCAGGACAACGCGAACCUGCAGCUUGGCGUUGUGGAACUAAGGGAACUGCUGCUAAACUCGAAUGAAGAGGUGGAGAGACUGCGAGAACAGCUCAUGCUGCAUCAGCCAGUCGGCUACAGCGCAGAUGGCAACCAAACACCAACGCUUCGGGAAGAGCUCGGGUUUGAGCCAGUCUUGAACCAGGCCCUGCAUGUGCACCACCACUAUCACGCGCCAGCAACCGCUCCUGGGCCUGAAAUUGCAAGGGGCAGGACCACCGUCCAGCGUCGUGUAAAGAAGAAACGGAACGUUGCAUCUCCAGGCAUCUUCAGUCCAUCCGGACAGCAUAUACCGCGCUCCGAAGCCCCUGCUUUCGGGCGAACCGCUCCGGCCUUGACUCCAGCAAUAGCGACUCAGACGGCAGUCACGACUCCACAGCGAGCGCUGGGGAAGGACCGCUGGUCUACACAAUCCAGUCAGACCGGACCAUCUGUGGCCUCAUCAGUUCCGAGCUCCCCCUACGCCUCCACGAAUCGCACCUCGUCAUUUUUUGACCGAGUCUUCAGCGACGCUACGCAGGACUCUUCAAGCCCAACGAGUCCAGAUGGUAGCGAACCCCCGGAUUCUCCUGUGUUUGAGCCACUACAGAUCAAGUGCGGAUUGACGGGACCACUGUGUGGCUUUUCCGCUCCAGGGCGUGACCAGCUGGCGGAAAGUGCAGCGGAGCCUGCAGAGGGGAUUGCAGACGGCCCCUUGAAUGAGCUGCAGACGCAAGCAGGCGCCGACAAAUCAGUCUCACUCUCUACGCCAAAAGUGCAGGCCACCAUCCCAGAAGAGACCUCAGAUGUACCAGAGCCUGAACCACCGCCACCCCCCUUCCAGGACCUCACCGGCAGCACAGACUAUCACACACAAAUCCGCACCACCCGCCCACCCCUCCGUCGCGCCGCCUCCCACGAAUCUCUUCUCUCCCUCCACUGUCUCGACAUCCCGACCCUCCCCUCCCGGCCUCCUUACCUACUCGCAACCUCUAGCUUCACCUUCAAACCCAGCAUCGCUCCCGUCUCUACAGCGGCAGCGCUAUCAAGCGGUCCCAUUUUGAGUGCCACGACCGCUACGGCCGCCAGACCAGCUGUACCACGCAAAAGCGACGCCCGCUCGCUAUUGCUCGCCGGCGGGGCGGUAGAGCAGCGCGGAGGCGUGAGGAAGAGGGGCAGCGAUAGGACGCUCGGCCAGAAGGUUGGAGGGUGGGUUUGGGGACGGUGGAGUGGGGGUCCUGCUUCCGCUCCUGCUCCCGCUUCUACCCUUGUGAGGGUGGCGGCAAGUGCAAGUGAGGCGUCUGUUCGUAAGGAGAACACGUCUGCGACGCCUGGCACGCCGGUCAAAGUGGCGCAAGGAAGAGCGGCAGCGCAGUCGUUGCCAGACAAGGUCCCACGGCCGAGACCUCUGGGCGUAAAUCAGAGCGGUUCGGUUCUGGGCCUCGGUUCGCCGCUCAAGGUGCCGUGUCAGGUCACGGUCGAAGGACUGGAUGUUGAGGCGUUGCGGGAGAGUCUAGGGGAUGGGUGA